AUGGUCAAGCGCAAAUCAGAGGCAGCAGACACGGCAAACACGCCAAACGCGGCAGACGCGGCAUCUGUACUCAAAUCGGCCUCAUCCAAGAAGCACAAAACUUUCGACGACGCUGGCAGUACCAACAACGGCGCUGAGAUCGACUUUCCUAGAGGCGGCGGCACUGGUCUUACCAACCUCGAAACAGCACAAGCCAAGCAAGAGGGUAGAAGGGAUGCCGAUAGGGAUGUUUCCUCCAAAAAGAAGCCAGCAAAGAAGCCAGCAGCGAAGAAGCCAAAGAGAGAUACUCAGAAUGAUAAUGCUAUCACUGAUAAGAUUAGAGUCGAGCAUCUCAACUACAAGCGGGCUGUGCCUGGUCUCAAAGUACUCGCACAAAUCAUUCAAAUUACUCCAAUCGAGCUUAUCGUAUCUCUCCCAGAGCAGCUCCUUGCUCACAUUCCCAUUACAAACAUUUCUACACACUUCACAAACCGUUUGGAUAACGCGAUGAACGAUGACAGUGACGAUGACAGCGACCAAGAAGAAGACGCAUCCGAUAAAGAGGACGACUCUCUCCCUGAGCUAGAUGAUCUUUUUCAUGUCGGUAGCUGGGUGCGUGCCGUCGUUUUACACACCCACAAAGACACAAACUCAGGCAGAGUCAAGAAGGAAGGCGAGGAACUCAUUAAAGCUUCCCGCAAGCUAGAGCUCACCCUCGAUCCACGUAGUGUUAACGAAGGCCUCACCGCUAAAGACUUUGUCAAGGAUUUCACCACCGUCGGUGCUGUCAGAAGUGUUGAGGAUCACGGUUAUCUGAUUGACCUCGGUGUGUCCGACGUUGAUGGUUUCGUCAGCAGUAAAGAAAUGAACAAGAGCGGCUUCGAUAAAGCCAUCGCUGCCCAAGUUGGCGCUUUACUCCCACUGACAGUCACCAGCAAAACAAACAAAGUCGCAAACCUCACUCCUAACUUACAUACUUUCGCUAAAUCUUACAUGAACGAGGCUAAUACGCUCGAGUCUGUCAUUCCUGGUGUACUGCUCAACGCUAUGGUCACCGCUGUUCUUCCCGCCGGUCUCAAUGUCCGUUUCUACGGUUUCUUUGACGGUACAAUCAGUAGAGAUCAUAUCCCAUUUGAAAAAAAACCUCUGUCGGAGCGUUUCCCUGUGGGUAAGAAGAUCAAAGCGAGGGUGGUGUUCGAUCAUCCAACGAGUAACCCCAAGCGGUUCUCCCUAUCGCUCCUCCCCCACAUUGUACACCUCACCAACAGUUUGACGGAAGAGAGCGAGGAUGGACAAACAAUCUCAGACGCUUUCGCCAGAGGUAGAGUAGUUGAAGGUGUCCAAGUCAUCAUGGUCGAGAGUGAGAAAGGAUUGUUUGUGACUAUACCUGAUAGUACACUCAUUGGAUUCAUACAUAUCUCGCAAAUUGCAGACGACCACACUCCCUCCCUCAGUAGCAGCAGUGGAGCUACGAAAGUGGGUAGUACGCACACAGCGCGUGUCGUCGGAAUAAGCUAUGUUGAUAAAGUAGUUCAACUCAGUAUCAAGCCGAGCGUGCUACACAAGACGUUCAUGAAAGUUUCAGAUGCACAAGUGGGAGCUGUUGUAGAUGGCACAGUGCGCAAGAUGGCCGACGACAGGAUGUUCGUAUCGAUUAGUGGCAGUGUGGAUGCUAUAGUGUGGCCAGUACAUUACUCAGAUGUGAAGCUCAAACAUCCCGAGAAGAAAUACAGACCGGAUAUGAAAGUCAAGACGCGUAUCUUGUCAGCGGAAGCUGACAAGAAUAGAAUUACGGCUACAUUGAAGAAAACACUCGUUAAGAGUGACCUCCCUAUCGUCACUAGCUACGAUCGCUCUCAGAAGAACACUAUCACUCACGCUACCGUCUCCUCAAUUAAAGAAAAAGGAGCUAUUCUGGAAUUUUACAAUAACGUCAGAGCUUUCUUGCCAGUGGGAGAGAUUAGCGAGAGUUACACUAAACAUGCUCAGGAUGCACUGCAUAUCGGACAGGUCGUCAAGGUAGUCAUUAUCAAGGUAGAGACUGAAGAGGGGAGAAUGAUGGCCAGUAUACGUAAAACGGUGCCUAAGGAGGAGCGAGAUGCUUUGGUGAAGGAGAGAAAGUCUGAGAAAAAGGAGGUGAAUGAGGAGAUGAAGGUGAAGGAGGACGAAGGAGAGCAAGUUGCAGGUGACGAGGAUAUCGAUAUUGAUAACGCAAUAAACGAAAAUAGUCAAUCUGAAUCAGACGGCGAAGCUGUUGGGUUGCAAGUCGAGGAGGAAAGCUCCGAUGAGGAAGACGACGAUGUAACGAUGGAAGACACCACCAACAAGAAGCCCAAAAAGACUACAAAAGACGUCGAUUCUCUGAGUACUGGUGGAUUCAAUUGGGAUGGAGAGAACGACAAGAAAGACUUAGAACAAGAAGGCACUAACUCAGACGACUCUGACUCUGACAGCGACGCCUACUCUGACGCUAAUGACGACGGUAAGCGCAAAAAGAAGCGCAAAUCGACGAAGCACUUUGAGGGAGAUCUCACCGCGACAAUGAACGAAAAGCCGCCAGAAUCCUCCAACGACUUUGAGCGACUACUUCUCGGUUCGCCCAACUCAUCCUACGUGUGGAUUCAGUAUAUGUCAUUCCAGCUCAACCUCAGUGAGAUAGACAAAGCACGUGAGAUUGCCCAGCGUGCACUCAAGACCAUCGGGUUCAGAGAGAGUCAAGAGAAGUUCAAUGUAUGGAUAGCGCUACUUAACCUGGAAAACACAUUUGGGGAUGAAGAUACAUUUGAUAAGACAUUCAAGGAGGCUGUAAGCUACAAUGAUCCACUCACAAUGCACAUGAAGGUGGCGGAUAUACUCGAGGCGAGUGAAAAAUAUGACAAUGCGAAUGAAGUUUAUGUGAAAGCGACCAAGAAAUUCGGCGCUCAUAUCAUACUCUGGGUGAAUUACGCUGAGUUUAAAUUCCGCGUGGAAGAUGCGAAUGGAGCGAGAAGUCUGUUGACGAGGUCGCUCAAAUCGCUCGACAAGAGGGAUCACGUCGCGUGUAUUUCUAAAUUCGCUCAGUUGGAGUUCAAAGUGGGCGACGCCGAGCGCGGGAAGACAAUAUUCGAGGGUAUUAUAGAAAGCCACCCUAAGCAACUCGACCAGUGGUUCGUGUAUAUAGACAUGCUCGCGCGGACAGAGGAUGUGGCUGGUCUGCGCAAUGUGUUUGAGAAGCUCCUUGCGCUCAAGCUGUCUACUAAAAAGGCAAAGAGUGUUUUCAAGAAGUGGCUCACCAUAGAGAAGGAGAUUGGUGAUGAAAAUGGUGUGAGGGAUGUCAAGCAGCGUGCCGUCGCGUGGAAUGAGCAGCGUGAACAACAUGGCCAGCACGAUGAAUAA